AGUACAGUAUCAUGUAAAUAGGAGUAUGAUGACCAUGUAAGAAAAGCUAUCGAAUGGCUAUUACUCAAGGAAAAUCUUCAAAUUAAUACUUGAGACUGUUAAUAGCAUUUAAAAUUACAUUUUGUGUAAAUAUUUUAAAUUAAUAUCAACAGUAUUAUGGAAAAGAUGGACAUAAUUCAACAUAUAAACUGCCUACUUCUGCUCUUAUCGCUAUCUUCGUCGGACCUAGUUGUUAAUGUUAAAAAUAGUGGAGACGAAAUAAUGCAACAGAGGAUAAGAUCCAAUUCUACUGAAGAUGUUGUGACAACCUCUUACGAAAGAACGGAUGGAGCAUUAAUUGAUCACAUCAUCGAUUUCAAAAAUCAAUUACAAAUAUUUAGAAUAUUUCAACCCGGAGAAAUCGAUCUAGGCUAUCCCUACCAAUCAACAUUCUGUUUUGUUACUCGAGAGAUUAAAAAUGAAUUUAUCUCAUCGGAUGCUAUUUCUAAACUAAGGCAAAAAAACCCCCAGACAAUCCGUGUAGCUGAAGAAGAUAAGGGUUGGCAAUUACAUGAAAUGACAUUUGGCAUAGAUCUCUCCAAGUCCGAAUUUUUAUCACCUAUACUUAAAAUGAAAUGUAAAGUUGCUCAAAAAUCUACUUUUAUAGGCGAAAGCGAUUUAAAAUAUAUAGCUUCUUCAACCAAAAAAGACUUUACAAAGUUAAUGGAAGGAACAUAUGCUCCUGUCUCUAGUAAUAUAAGAUGUAGAGACGCGAAAGUGAAAGAAGCUUGUAAAUGCCGAUUAGAUAUUUGUAAUUUUUGGUAUCCGUGUUCAUUAAAAAUGUGUAAGGGUCAAGACGAACUUGGGAAUAGUGUAGUAUAUCGUUGCGGUAUUCAUACUUGUCGAAAAUGUCGGGUAUUCGAAUUUAUGAUAGACGCAAGUUACAAGUGCCCUUGGGAUAUUCUAGAAGAUUAA